GAUAGAAUAAAUGCACGAUGUGCCACUCAAUAACAGCGUAAUCCACAACAUACCCCUCCUUGUGAGGCUGACAUCAGGUCCCACGUCAGGCAACACUGGAAGUUGUUCUCCAGCAUGAGAGCCUGCCUGCCUUUCUCUGCACUCUGCAGUCAACUUAAGAUAAGACGAAUCGGCCCGCCAUUUUCCUCCUGCUUUCCUUUCCAAGGGCGAAAUGAGAGAGAUCUUCGCCACCCUUCAGUAUCACCACCACCUGUGGCUUGACACGCCACACGUCCUAGCCUCAAGGUAGGCGAAGAGCAGGAGCGCAGCUUCACACACUCACACAUGUCGUCACCGGCGACGGCGGGAGGUGGUGGCGCGCCGGAGGAUCAGGGGGCAGGCGGCGAGGUCGGCGUGGAGCAGGGAGGGCGAGGCACGUGGCGGCACGCGGCCUUCCACGUCGCGACGACGAUCGCCACGCCGGCGGCCUACGCCCCCUUGCCCUUCGCCGUCGCCUCCCUUGGCUGGCCUCUUGGUGUUUGCAGCUUGGUUGUUGGGACACUGGUUACAUGGUGCUCAAGCUUGGUUGUGGCCUCGCUGUGGCAGUGGAAUGGAGAGAAGCACACCAGCUACCGGCUACUUGCAAAGAGCAUCUUUGGUCCCUGGGGCUACUGGUAUGUGUCGGUCUUCCAGCAGGUGGCAUCGGUGGGCAACAACAUUGCAAUCCAGAUCGCAGCCGGCAGCAGCCUCAAGGCUGUGUACAAGCACUACCACACCGCCGCCGACAGCGCAAUGACCCUGCAGCAGUUCAUCAUUCUCUUCGGUGCAUUCGAGCUGCUCCUCUCCCAGCUCCCUGAUAUCCAUUCACUCCGGUGGGUCAAUGCUAUCUGCACUGCCAGCACCGUCGGAUUUGCAGGGACAACCAUUGGUGUCACAAUUUGUGAUGGGUAUCGGAACGACAGAAAGGAAGUCAGUUACAGUCUUCAAGGAAACACUGCAACUAAGAUCUUCAGAGCUUUCAACGCACUGGGCACCAUAGCAUUCUCCUUUGGUGAUGCUAUGCUGCCAGAAAUUCAGAGUACUGUGCGUGAACCGGUGAGGGCAAACAUGUACAAAGGUGUCUCGGCUGCGUACACGAUCAUCGUCAUGUCCUACUGGACCCUGGCAUUCAGUGGCUACUGGGCAUUCGGUUCUCAAGUCCAGCCCUACAUCCUGUCCUCCCUGACUGCUCCAAGAUGGGCAAUUGUAAUGGCAAACCUUUUUGCAGUCAUUCAGAUAGCAGGUUGCUUUCAGAUAUACUGCAGGCCAACAUUUGCGCACUUUGAAGAGCGGCUUCACGCGAAGAACAGGAGCUGCAGAUCCUGCCUGUGGCGGCUGAUGCACACUUCUGCAUACAUGACAGUGAUCACCCUCGUCUCCGCAGCAAUGCCAUUCUUUGGGGACUUUGUAUCUAUCUGUGGAGCAGUUGGGUUCACCCCUCUGGACUUUGUGCUGCCUGGAUUGGCACUUCUGAAGACCAGUAAGCUGCCUGAUAACCUAGGAUCGCAGUAUACUGUGAAGGUGCUCAGCGUUGCUGUCGCCAUCUUGUUCUCGAUCAUAGGUGUGCUUGCAUGCAUCGGCGCCAUCAGAUCGAUCACACUUGAUGUCAGAACCUAUAAGUUCUUCCAUGAUAUAUGAUGAUAGUUUUGCAGCAUCAA